CAGAGCACAGGGAGGGGAAAAGGAGAGGGAGCGAGCAUCCGAGAGAGAGAGAGAGUGAGGGAGGGGAUAGUGAAAUAGAGAGGAGGAAAAAACACAAGGAGGGGGUGAAAAUAUAAGAGAAGAGCACAGGAUACGGGAGGGAAACGAGGGGAGGGGAGAAAUAUCAUAUUGUCCAUUUCUCCCUCUCACUCUGCCAUCCCGGUUGCGGGGCUUAUUGCUCGGUGCGUCUUGGGAAAGAGAGAGGAGGAGGAGGAGGAGGGUGGACAGAGCCUAAAGAGGGCGGAAUGCCCCUUUACAAGCGUCGCAUCUGACUAAAACAGCGGAGAGGCUCGUAAAUCGGAAAUUGGUCAAGAGAGGAGGAGGACAGUGGGCUUCUGCAACGCCAAGGUGUUGUUGGAGAGCUUUGAAAAGGAGUCUCCACAAAUCUAAUGCUGAUCCACGCUGAUGUGUUGGAGAGACCAGGGACACCGAUGCAUUCCACCAAAUUCUGCUGAAGCCAAGUGACUAAGAGCUGAACUCUGCUGGCAGUGAAGAAACAAAACGUCUGCAGGUCUCAUUUCUGGGCUCGGAAAUAUUAGGAAAAUAACAAGCUAAAGGUUAUGCAUGCACUGCAGGCGUAACUCUGCCUUCCAAAGCCUAAUCUGUUUGCAAAGACAGCUUCACAUGUAGAGUGUCUCCGCGCCGGCUUGCAAAUCCAACAUGGCCCAGAACCACAAGAGUUGAGUUCAAUAAAGGGAAAGCGAGAGGGGAGGGUGUUGCUCCUUCACACAUGAGCAUGUCACGCUGGUCUCUGUGAUCCAGACCAAGACGCCCUGCCGAGCCCCUCGUGUUCCUCCUUCAGCCUCCUCUGCCUUGUCUUUCUCGGCUCACACCUUGUAAAAGGUGGACGGGCCAACACUCUUCUCACCCGAGCGCCGUCCAAUCGGUGAGGGCGGCGAGGGCUGCGCUGUCAUUGGUUGACUGCUGGUGAGAGUGCGAUGCGGAUUGGAGGAUGUCGGGGGACUGGGAUGAAGACCUGUGUAAGAAGGCGCUGGUGCUGGUGGAGGAGCUGUGCUUCAACUCUCCGAGGACCUACAGCCAGAGCGAACGCUGCCAGGAGUUCGGCUACCUGAGGGACCGCAACAGAUACGUUGAAGCAGAGAUUUCUGUCAGCCUGCUGUCGGUCAUUGUGACGUUCUGCGGCAUCGUCCUCCUCUCCGUCUCCCUCUUCGUCUCCUGGAAGCUCUGCUGGCUGCCAUGGCGGGACAAGGAGGGCGGCGGCCUGAGCCUGACGUCGGGGUUGCUGCCCGGAAGCGCCGGUGUCGGAAGCCUCGGAGGUGCCGGGGGCUCCUCGCUGUUGCCCCCGCUGCUAAACAGGAAGGAGGGCCACUCCUCGUCCUCGCUGUACCCCUCCCUGGGCCAGCAGCACCACCCACACUUCUCUGACCUGGUGGGGCUGGAGAGUGGAGGGGUCGGAGGAGUUGUUGGGGGGCCACAGGAGACCCAGGAGCACUCCUACCUGGAUAUGGACUCCUACCCCAACAACGCUGGAACUCUGAAGCUGAGUCAGACGUCUCCAGAUGUUCCCAACUCAGAGGGUGGAGCCCAACCACAGAAAGACCUGCCCAACGCCCACUCCCAGCAGCAGGUCACCCCACGGCCCAAGCCCAUGACUCACCAGCUCUCCAGCCCUGAUUUCCAUGGAGAAGAGAAGGAACAGGUAACCAGCAUCGGGCAGAUCAAACCGGAGCUCUACAGACCCAAAGGCGACCAGGGCGAAGGCAAACAGGGCGACAACUGCGGCAAGAUCAGCUUCCUACUGCGCUACGCCUUCAAUACGGAGCAGCUGGUGGUGAAGAUACUGAAAGCUUUGGACCUGCCAGCGAAGGACGCCAACGGCUUCUCCGACCCGUACGUGAAGAUUUACCUACUGCCAGACAGGAAGAAGAAAUUCCAGACCAAGGUCCACAGAAAGACCUUAAACCCAGUGUUCAACGAGACGUUCCAGUUUGGCGUGCCGCUGAAUGAGCUACAUUCCAGGAAGCUGCAUUUUUCUGUGUAUGACUUCGACCGCUUCUCCAGACACGACCUGAUCGGCCAGGUAGUGGUGGACAACCUGCUGGACUUCAGCGAGGGCAGCGGGGACAAACCCGUCUGGAGGGACAUCGUGGAGGGCACUGCGGAGAAGGCUGAUCUCGGGGAGCUUAAUUUCUCGCUGUGUUACCUGCCCACUGCAGGCAGGCUCACUGCUACAGUCAUCAAGGCCACCAACCUCAAAGCCAUGGACCUGACUGGUUUCUCAGACCCGUACGUGAAGGCCUCGCUGAUAUGUGAUGGCCGAAGGCUAAAAAAGAGGAAGACCUCCAUUAAGAAGAACACACUGAACCCCACGUACAACGAGGCGCUGGUGUUUGACAUUCCCAAUGAAAACAUAGAAAGCGUAUCCAUCAUCAUUGCAGUGAUGGACUAUGACUGCAUUGGUCAUAAUGAGGUUAUAGGGAUGUGUCGUGUGGGCAGCGACACUGACGGUCCAGGGAGGGAGCACUGGGCAGCCAUGCUGGCCAAUCCACGCAAACCAAUAGAGCACUGGCAUCAGCUUGUGGAGGAAAAAGCGAUUGGUACAUUUGUGUCGAAGCCUGCUCCAGCAUCCUCCCCGAAGCCGCACAUCGUGGUGGACAGUCCCCACUCCGAUUAAAACUGUCAUUAUCAUCUCUACAGCUCCAGACUUUCCUUUCUUUCCUCUCAUCUGUGAAUAAUUCUCUCCAUUAAAGACAGAGAGACACGGAGACACUGCUAGUGUCCAACUGCUAGUGCUGUUUUGCUCCUGCUAAUGAAUCCUUCAACUCCUGUGCUGUCUUACCAAGCCGGGGGGCAAAAAAAAAAAAAAAAAAUCAACAACAUCCAUCACAAGCUACACUUUGAGCAUCAGACUACACAUUUACAAACACAUGCGGACAUUAAACAGUACUGUAGGACUGAUAUCAGGUGUAAAUUUGGGAUCAAGCAAGGAAACGCACACACUCUCUCUCACACACACACAUAAAUACACAAAUACUGAGUUUGUAGUAUGUGCGUAGUUCAUGUGUGCUUCAGAUUAGUGUAGUAUUUCAUCUAGAAGGCGUGUGGUGUGACAAACUUGUCUCUCUUGAAAACAAAAAAGAAAAAAGAAAGCCAUCGUAGAAUGGUCAUUUCAACCAGGACCAAAGGUUCAUGCCCUUGUACAGACUAUAAAAGAAGAAAAUCUCUCUGUCAAUAUUUUUCUUUGCAACAUUGGUGUACAGUAUUUGCCGUACUGUAUAGGAAAACAUCUCACGUAGUACUUUAGCAGGACAAAACAUCUCCGGUGGAUUCUCCCAGCCAUUUUGGACACCGUCUCCAGGGUCCGCACCCUCUGGUUUCAGAGCUAACUCGCUCAUUUUCCCCAGAGGAUGGACGACGGAGCGUCCGGUGGUCUUUACUGAUGUCAGAGGAGCGAAAAAUGACGACAGACUCAUUGGUCUAAGCAUGUUACGCAACCUUGAAAUGUGUCCCUCUUCCUCAUGCUUUUUGUCAGUCCUCAUGGUGCUCAUUAGUCAUUUUUAAAUUAUUUUCCUCUGUCAUUUCUGUGACACAGUAAACACACAUGCAGCCACCAGGAAUGGAGUUCAUUCAUAUUAUUUAUUUUCCAGUCCACUGAGGAUGAGACAUUGUGAGCAUCUGAGAGACAUGAACUAUUUGAAUGUCUCCGGCUUUCACGCCAAACCGCCAGACUUUUCCUAUCGCAGGACUGAGCAGGUUGAAUGAAACCUGGGUUUAUUGUUGGACCAGCAUCUGUUUGGAGUGCACUCGCUGGAGGAUGUAUCCCACAGGGACGGAUAUCACCACUCUAUUUUAUUUUUCUAUCAUGCCAGGACUUUAUAUUUUAUUUCUCAAGAAGUCAUCGUCGAGCUUCAACAGACAAAAUUGUUUUGUCCGAGUCCAUAUCAUGUCCCUGACAAGACUCUAGAAGGACACACACGUUCGUGUUGCUUUUACUAGUGUGUGUUUCUGUGUUUGUGGGUGUGUUUGUUUUGUAUUUGUGCGCAUCUGUGUGUGUGUGUAUGCCUGUGUGUGUCACUGUGACCUUGUGUGUGACACGUUCCCGUGCUCACCGCCUCCCUCGUCCUUUUUUUCCGUCUUUGCCUCCCUCACUCCCCGAAUCCCGGCAUCCACAGACUGAAAAGCUCGUCUCGGAGCCAAACGUGUCUUCUGUCUUGUCUUUACAAGGAGCCAUUUUGUGUGUGUGUGUGUGUGUGUGUGUGUGCGCGCGCACGCGUGUGUGUGUGUGUGUGUGUGUGUGUGUGUGUGUGUGUGUGAGAGAUUGUAUGUGUGUGUACUACACGUGCCUCAUUGCACUAGGUGGGGAAACACUGUCUUUCAUAGACAUUAGUUUGUAUUGUCUAUGUCGUCUCUGAAAUCAGCUGCCAAUCAUCCAGCCCUCUUCUCCUCUCUAACCCUUUGCCUGAUGUAAGUAACUGUGUUGAUCGUGUACUUCUUUCAGUAAUUUGUGUACUGUAUGUCCGAGGGAAAACUCAGAUGGCACAGCGAUAGAAAAAUUAGAAUUGUUGGGUGUGUUUUGAUUACAUUUAUGAGAAGAAACACAACGAAAAAAGAAAAAAAAAAAAAACAAAGAAGAAAAAAACUAAACUGCAGAGGCUCGUCUCUUACGGCCAACAACAGAUCAUGACAAAUUUAGAUCCCCUUAAAGCAAGACAACAAGGAGGAGGUGUUGUGAGAAAACAAAGCGCCUGGAAAUUUCUGCACUUCCUUGUGUAAACUGAUACAGACUUAUAAAGCCAUGUCCAUCACCGCUACUACAACUGUAACCUCAGCAAAACAGUACAACACCUCACUACAGCUACUUGUAUUGCUAUUGUUGCCAUUCUUCCCUCUCAUCCUCUCACGCACAAACACACACACUUCUAUAGAGGAUUGUGUAGGCGCGCGGGAGGGAGGGGAUCCAGUUUCAUUCUCUUUACCUCUGGAUCAAAGAAAGUUACGAGAAGGUUACAAAUUCCGCAUCAUACCUGCAAGUAUUCUGUGUAGUUUGUCGGGAGGGGGGGGUUUAUUGAUCAGCUUGUAUAAGUAGAUAUGCUAUUGAUCCAUUGGUCUCGAGGCCCCAUAAUUCUUUCCUUCCUUCCCAGCCCUCUCUCUCUCUCUCUCUCUCUCACUCUCUGCUUGUGUCUACCCUAUUUAGCCCUUUUGUUACUGCCUUGUGAUAGAUUACAAAACUCAUAGUGGAACCAGCACAUUCCCUCUUACUCACUCCCUCCAUCCGCCGCCUCUCCCCCGCCCUCCUCUGUUUCUGUCUGCCUGAUUACUGUCUGAUUACUCAUUCUCUCGUUCUCCCUCCUCCAGCGAUCCUCACCUUUCUUCCCCUCCCCGCCGCCGCCUCACCCUCACCUAUCCAUUUCCCGCUCUAUUUCCCUCCCCACUUCCCCGACCUCCUUGAUCCUUUGGUUUCCUCACAUCCCUCCAUCUUGCCCUCUUUCUUUCACCGUCUCUGUUCGACACCCCCCCACUCCUUCGUCCUUCCUCUGUUUUCUCUCUCUCUCUCUCUCUCUCUCUCUCUCUCUCUCUCUCUCUCUCUCUCUCUCUCUCUCUCUCUCUCUCUCUCUCUCUCUCUCUCUCUCUCUCUCUCUCUCUCUCUCUCUCUCUCUCUCUCUCUCGCUGUCUUCUCUCGUUUGUGCAGUUCUGAAUGGUCAUGGGGAAACAUGUUUGCAUGCUUAUAUUAACAUGAAUGAUGUCAACUUGAUGCAAUGAAAAUUAUAUAAGUGAUGCUUUAAGCAAAAUCUGACAAUGAACUUGAUACUAAUACUACUAAUGACGACUAAAUGGAGACCUAGCAAUUGUUUAUCUCUGUGGUCAAAAACAAUGAUGAAAUAACAUUGUUUAUGCUGUAUUUAUCUUUCUCGAAUUGGUAUUCUCUUUUUUAUUUUCAGUUGUUUGGGUUUUUUUAUAUAUCAUUUAUUGAAGAGGUUUACUUUUUUAUUGGUUAAUGCUGAGAAUUUGAGUGAGGGGUUCAGUCAGGGCAAUUGUUUCAGUCAGGACAGCUGUACCAGGUGGCAGGAUGUCGGUGAACGUGUAAGUAACAGCGUGGCUGAAGCAUUGAAAAUGGAAAUAAAGGAUAUGUAUCAUCCA